AUGGAGAAAAAGGAAGUUUCAACAGUAAUUAAAAAAGAACCAGUUCGUCAAGAACGAUGGUAUUUCGGUGGUUUAGCUGGUGUACUGGCUGCAUGUUGUACACAUCCACUUGAUACACUCAAAGUUCAACUACAAACUCAACAACGUGCUGAUUAUGGACUCAUCUCUAUGGCAGUUAAGGUCAUACGCGAUGAUGGCUUCUUAGCACUUUAUAAUGGCUUGUCGGCAUCAUGCUUACGGCAGGCGACAUACACUACAACACGCUUUGCUAUCUAUGGUGCUGUAAAAUCGAUGAAAACAGAUUCCAAUUUGAGUUUUAUAGAAAAAAUUAGUCUUGCUGCUGGUUCCGGUGCGAUUGGUGCAUUCGUUGGUGCACCGGCUGAUCUUGUCAAUGUUCGUAUGCAAAAUGAUUGCAAAUUACCGAAAGAGAACCGUCGAAAUUACAAACACGCUAUCGAUGGUGUCGUUCGAAUCUGUCGCGAGGAAGGGCCUAAAAAACUGCUCAAUGGUAAAUUAAUCUCCAAUAUUCUCCUAAACUAUGUUCUUCUCGUUUAUUCAGGAGCAUCAAUGGCUGUUAUUCGUGGAGCGUUUGUCACUGUGGGUCAAAUUGCAUUCUAUGAACAAGCAAAACAACUUCUAUUAGCUAGUGGUUAUUUCAAAGACGAUAUCGUAACUCAUUUUAGCUCAAGUUUUCUUGCUGGUACCGGUGCCACACUAUUGACAAUGCCAUUAGAUGUGAUGAAAACUCGUUUGAUGAAUGCGCCACCUGGAACUUAUAAUUCAGUUUUCGAUUGCUUAAAAGAUAUCAUGAAAGUUGGCCCCAGCGGACUAUUCAAAGGGUUCAUUCCGGCAUUUAUCCGUUUAGAAAUGAAAAAACCGAAUAGAAACAAAUCGAUAUCUUCAUCCAUUCCAUCAAACACAUUGCCCAGUACUCUUCCAGCCGAUUUAGAACUGUUCAGUUCGUAUUCUCAUGAACAAGUUCAUAUCUACGAUAGACUUUCUUCAAGUAUUUCAUCCAUUUGCGAAGUAGCCUAUUGUACAUCUGAGGGAAUAAUCGUUUGUGCACCUCAAACGUAUCAACGGCGAUCAUCAUCUUCACAAAAUCUAUCAUCUUCUUCGUCUUCGAUGCUUAUCUCUCGGAUAGCAUAUCCAUUUCAAUCGACAGAUCAAACUAAUUCUAUUUCGACCAAUUCUUCUUCGUAUAUUUUCUUCCAGAAAAUCAAAACUCAACACCUAUCUCGUCUAUAUGAAGCUUACAAACGUCGACCGACGUCAUUAUCAUCGUUCGAUCGAUUACUCUGUUCAGAUAUAGUGCAAUACAAAGGCUUUCGUCGAUGUUCGUUUUCUCCAUGUGAUAUCACAUUCAAUCAGGGUCAGAGCAUCUUAGCGUGCAUAACUUGUGCCCAUGAAGUGUUCAUUUACGAAAUCAUUUCCUCGUCGAAACGCUUCUUUCUUUCCCAAUCAUCGAAUUUGAAAUUCGACUUAACAAAAUAUCUUUGUGAACAUACGCAACUCGACAAAUAUCUACACGACUCUGAUAAAGAACAAGAUUAUCGACUACUUUACUUCCAUCUGACGACAAGCAUCCUUUGGAAUCAGAAUGGUACGUUAUUAUUUCAAUUGCAAUACUCAGGUCAUGUGAUUAUUUGGAAAUUUGAUCGAUUGGAAAAAGAAAUUCUAUCGAUUUUUGAUACAAACAUUAGCAAACCAUUAGCGAUGACUUGGAAUGAUCAACGUCAGAUUUUGAUCGUUAUUGGCAAAGAGAAUCAACGAAAAUUGAUUCGAAUUGAUCAAAUGAAGGUGUUCGACAUAAGUAUUAAAGAGAAUGAUUAUAUGAAUGCUGAACUUGCGGAACUAAAAGAAAUAAAUGAUAAAUCCUUAUUAUUAAUUGAAAGUAAAAUGAAUUAUUGCAUCAGUUAUGAAAUCUCCCUCAAAACUAAUCAGUCGUAUGAAUGCACGCAAAUCGAUCAUCGUGUCCUUCCGUCAUCAAUUGUUGGUUUUCAUCAUCAACAUUCUUCUCUACUAAUCGGCUGCGAAGAUGGUUCGAUACAUUCUGUGACUAUCUCUCCUCAAGCACCUCCAAUUAUUCGUGAUUUGAAGCCCAUGGCUACUGGCCAAAUCAAAUCCUGUUCUCGUAAACCAUUACUGCUUCGUCAUUUUCAUCUAUCAUCGAAUGAUUUACUCCUUGCGCGAGUCUUUUACUCACCUAUUGUUUCGCCGAAUGUCAAAUUUGGCUUUGUAAUCUGUACAUUACAUCGCUGGUCAUCAACGUUAACCUUCGAUGAAAUUAUUGAGAAUUUCUUAGCAAGAGUCGAUACACCUCUAUGGAAAUCGUCAGAUGAAUUAGCUGUGAUUUUAAAUGAAGUUAUUCGUGGCACGACGCAUCAUUAUCAACAGAAAAAGAGUGCAAACGACAAUUUUCUUUCACUUCAACGACUAUGUCGUUUGAAUAAUCUACUCAACAAUACCAAACAGUUACCAAUACUCGAGAAUCAAUUGUUACAAAAUUAUCGACAUCAAUUAGCGCAGAUUUUCACUUCACAUUUCUCGAAAACAGUUUCGAAACUUUCCUCGAUUGAAGCAUCGAUUUACAACCUUUGUUGUAAAGACGAUUCAAUAGAUUCAUUGCUAUGUCCUUUGUGUAAUUCGACAUUAACAUUGACGAAUAACGAUCUGACAUCAUGUGUCUGUGUAAAUAAACACGUUUGGCCACGAUGUUGCCGAACAUUAUUACCAUUAGCGCUGGAAAAUGCUCAAACGUGUUCAUUAUGCGAUCGAACAAUAACAGUAAUUGAUGGCAAUGAUGAAAAUUAUGCUCAUUUUGCAAAAUAUAAAGAUAAAGAUUUGAAAUGUUUAUUUUCAUCUAUUUGUACUUAUUGUAUGUGA